CAGGGGGGCUGGGAGGAGGUGGUGGUGUCUUGCCAUGGAGCUGGUGGCCCUUUGGCUACUUGACUACUGCACUGCCAGGCUCUCCCGGGGCUGUGGCUGCUGAUUUCUGCAGCCCUCUUGCCUGAUGUCUCUGUGCCACCCACAACCCUAACCCUACCCCCCCCCACCAGAGAGGGAGCAGCGGCAGCCUGCUGAGUGUGCGGGGCGGGGGGGGGGCAGCCUUCUUGCAUGCGGCGGCAGCAGCGGCCUCAGCCUCCUCCUUGCAGGCCUCUCCUCUGCGGCCGACCAAGCAGGCGCUGCUUUCCGCCCUCCUGCCGCUUGUGCCAGCGGGGUCGCCGUGCGCCCCACGAGCUCCUCAGCGGGCAACUGCCAGGCUGCUGCUGGGCGGGCGCCACCACCGAGGCCCUCGACUCAGCCGCGGCGGGCUUCCCGUGCUGAGAGUCACUCAGCAGAGCCGGCCCGCUGCUGAUGGCGGUUCUGGGGCGCCCAGUGGCCAGUCGGGGCUCCGGGGUGAGGGUGGUCGCCCUCCUCCUCCUGCAGCUGCAACUGGCAGGCUGGGCAAAGCAGGGUGCGGGGGCGGGCUGGGGAGCCCCGCCACGCCAGAGGUGCGGCUGGCUGGCUGGCCGGGGUUGCGGGGUGCCCAGCAGCAGCAGCAGCAGGCCGCUGCCUGGCAGGUGCCCCCGCUGGCUGGCCUUCGGUGGGAGCCUCCGCGCGGGGGGCUCCCUCUGGAGCGGGAGGCGAAGGCGGUCCUCGCAAGGCCUGGACUGCUCCGUCCAGCAGGCGUGGCGCAGCCAGAGAGAGCAAGCUGAGUCCCACCCCACCCCCGGAGGAGGCGCCGCCGCCUGCUUGCUGCUGCUGCUGCCUGCCUGGCCCCAGCCGUGCGCGGCGGGGGGAGCCCUGGGAGGGGGCGGCGGCAGCCCCGGGUUGGGUCCCCCGCCUCGCCCCGCCGCCAGACAAAGGGCUGCUGCCUUGUCCUGCCUUCUUGGCCCCUCGCUCUCCCCCGCCAGGCAGGGGCCUGCAGGCUGACCGCUCGGGGUGGGGGGGGGGGCGGCAGGCUGGCCAGCGCGGCACCCCCUCCAUUUUGGCGCCCUAGGCAACUGCCUAGUUCGCCUUAAUGGACGCGCCGUCCCUGUGCAUGUGGUAACUGCAAUGCUGAAUUCAGGACACAAAAGGAGUAAAAAGCAGCAGGAGACGGUGCUUGUCUGAAAGCGAGCGCUCCAGCUUAGUGUCCCGUAUUUGCGUUCAAAACACGGGGCCAACCCCCAACCCCGCUCAGCAAAAGCAGCAGCAUGUGAAGCGAGGAAUGCCACGGGACGGAUCGAGAGCCGGACUUGGGCUCCCGCUAAAGCUAACGAGGAGCAACCGAGCCUGGAAGCAGCGCAGCCGCCUUUUCCGUCCAGGCCCGGGCGCGGGGUGUUGGGCUCUCGGUUGCCAUGGCGACGGGAGUCCCGGGCCGAGCAAACCAGCGGCAUGUACGACCGGGCUGCGCGCGCUCUGACCGUGCUCGUAGGCAACACAGACCCCCACUUGGGCCCUGGCUACUAUGAAUUGCUGCCCAGGACCAGCAACGAACCCCGAAAAGGUGGAUUUGCUCCAUUUCUUUCUCUGACAAGUCGAGGCCUUGGAAGUAUUUCUCAAAAAGAUGAGAGUGAUGUUCCAGGACCAGGUCACUAUGAUAUUGACAAAGCACAGAAAAUCAUUAAAGGGGGUAAAAGUCCUCAGUACAAAGAGAAACGUUUCAGAGAGAUCCGUGCUGAUACUCCUGGUCCUGGAACGUAUUGCCAACCUCCUUCAAUAGGUCUAGAAGUCAGUUGGGCAAAAAGAACCUCUAAAGUCCCUGCGGCACAGAGACUUGCAGGACGUAUCAAAACCCUCCGAAAGUCAGAAGCUCCCUCUAUUCCUGCCCGUGGGCAAGGAUAUGGUUAUGAAGAGACUGAGGAUGGCACUCUUGUAAAACAUAUCCCUCCGGCAACAGACAACACAUUGGGUCCGGCAUACUACAAGACAGAAAAUAAUACUUAUUCUACUAUGAGGUAUAAAGGAGUGCAUUUUGGCAAUUUGACAGAAAAACGAUAUGAAUUUAAAGUACUUGAAGGCCCUGGGCCUGCAGAUUAUGAUGUAGCCCAGGAAAGGGCAGUGCAUUAUGAAAAUGUCAACAUCAAGAGGGAAGACCAGAAAAAAUAUGAUCUCCACAUUCCACGAUAUCCUGAAGUAAUAGUAUUACAGGAAGAAAAAAAGGGUGUUCCAGGCCCUGGAAAAUAUGACAUAAAAAGUCAGUUUCGUAAGGCUGCGGACGCAGCACAAACUGAAACUCAACAUGCUCCUUUUCUUUCACUUGCCCAGAGGUUUGCACCUGUAAAAUCAUCCACUCCAGCUCCUGGCACAUAUAAUGAAACACGCUGUGCUCUCGAGUCCUUGAAAAAAGCAUCUAAAUCAAAAAAUAUCCCAUUUGGCCAUACUUCUGUUCGUUUCACCCAAGACUACAGGUGCCACAAAACACCAGGUCCUGCAUUCUAUAAUAUUCUUAACUAUGGCAUCACAACGCAAAGUCUUAAAAGUGCUGUUGUGGAAAGAAGAAAGAAAGGAGCAUUUGGUUCUUCGGUUCCUAGACUCCUAUAUUUAGUUAAGAGGGAAGCUUUUACUACUCCUGGACCAGCUGAUUAUCAGACCAAGGAGACCACUAAAAAACCACGUAAAAGACAAAAGCAGUUGUCUGUGUUCGUGUCAGCAACAGAAAGAAUUCCAGUGGUUAGCUCGGAAGCUCCCGCACCAGGUUCCUAUGAUGUCCAUAAAUCAUAUGAAAAAUCACAGGGUAAAACCGAGUACAUGCCUCCCCGAACCACAGUCGCCAAAAGGAAGCAUACAUCUUUUCUCAGCGGAACAUUUAGGCGAGGUUUCUCUAAGACUGAUAUGGAUAUGCCAGGACCAGCGACAUACAACAUAGAGGUGCACAAGCCAGGGCCGAAGACGUCUACCAGUCUUACUGUGUGGGUUUCCCAGGUGGAACGUUUUAAAGAGACAAAAGAGGAAACUCCUGGUCCUGGAACAUAUGAGCUGAGUCCACUCUUAAGAGAUACAGUCCUGAAGAGAACGUACAAUACUACACUAAAUAAUCCAGUUGAGAUUCAAAUGAACAAUGCAGUUUGCAAACCUGUGACGGGCAGACGAGACCUCUUAUGUGUAUCCAACGAACUAGCCUUGAAAGUGCAAAAUGAAGCAUUAGUACCUGUUAAAAGUGAGUCCCUUCUGAAAGAAAUGUCUACAGUUUGAUGAUGUCCUCCAUCAACUGCUCAGAUUAACUCAACUGCUCUUAUAAUCUUCAGAGAUAAGAAGUACUCUUACAUUAUGGUUUCUUUGUUUUCCUUCUUUCAAAGUUUUUGUUCCUAGUACCAAAGCUCUUGCAACAUUUUCCUCUAUAUCCCUGCUUGUUCACAUACAAUGGUUAAUAAAGUUAUAUAGCAAAUUAA